UCGACUGCAGUGACUUCGUUCCGAUCGUUUUCGGAUCAAUUGUAUGAAUUGUAAAAAGUUUUGUUAAAUUUAGAAGCACUCCAUAGGAACACCUAAAUAUUAAUAUUAGAUUGAAUUUCUUCUAUAAUCAAAAAAUAAAAAGUAGUUAAACAUGGCAUUUGCAGGAUUAAGGAAACAAAUUAAUAAAGCUAAUCAGUAUAUGAGUGAGAAAAUUGGAGGAGCAGAAGGCACAAAAUUUACUGAUGAAUAUAUGGAAAUGGAAAGGAAAACAGAUCUUACAAAUGAAUUGGUCGAAGAAUUAAUUGUGAAAACAAAAGAAUAUCUUCAACCCAACCCAACAUCCCGAGCAAAAUUAACUGUUAGCUCUAAACUUAGAGGUGGAGCUAAAGUUCAUGCUUAUCCCCAACCUGAAGGAAUCCUUGGUGAAACAAUGAUUAAAUUUGGAAAAGAUUUAGGAGAAGAGUCUGCAUUUUCUACAAGUUUAAUAGAAGCAGGAGAAGGCUUGAAGCAAAUGGCAGAAAUUAAAUAUGCCCUUGAAGAUAAUGUAAAACAAAAUUUUCUGGAACCACUUCAUCACCUGCAGUCGAAAGAUUUGAAAGAUGUUAUGCAUCAUCGAAAAAAACUGCAAGGCAGAAGACUCGAUUUUGAUUGUAAGAAACGAAGACAGGCUAAAGGAUCACCCUUACAACCUCGAAAAUCUGGAACACACGUCAGUGAAGAAGAAAUAAAACUAGCUGAAGAUAAAUUUGAAGAAUCUUUUAAUUUGGCUUCUAUGGGAAUGUAUAAUCUUUUAGAUAAUGAUAUAGAACAAAUAUCUCAAUUAGCUGCUCUAACUGAAGCUCUUUAUGAAUAUCACAAUCAAUGUGCUGAAAUUUUACAAACAGUUUCUGAAAGAUUGGCAGAACAGAAGAAUAAUGCAGACAGUCGUCCUCGAGAAGCAUAUCAACCAAAGAAACUUUAUGAAUUGAACAUCCCCGAUUUAGGUCUCAGAGAUGAUAUUUCUCCACAAAUAGAUACAGGUGGACAUUUUAACGGUGCACCCCCUCCAUAUCCCGUUGUAACAGCUUCCCCAGCUCGCUCUCCUGCUUCCUCACCCGUUAAUCCACGUCAAGUUGAACCAUUGUUUCUUGGUAGCUUCACUACUGGUCAGGGAGCUGCAACUUCUCCUGCUCGUACCCCCAGUCGUUCUCCUAACGCUUCUCCUUUGCCUUCUCCUGUCCGUUCUCCAGCCAGGACUCCUGUUCGUCAACAUCCUUGUUGUCAAGCACUGUAUGACUUUGAACCUGAAAACGAGGGAGAACUAGCCUUCAAGGAAAGUGAUAUUAUCAAUUUAUUAAAUCGGAUCGAUGAAAAUUGGUACGAGGGAACGAUCAAUGGCCGCACAGGUCUCUUUCCAGUCAAUUAUGUCCAGGUCCUUGUACCAUUGCCAUAAAAUGUUACAGAGAUAACAUCAGAGAAAUUAUCAGUGAAAUGUUAAGCAGAUGAGAGAUGAUGAUUUAAGAUCUUGCUUUUUACAUGCCAAAGAUUUGUAUAGAUUUUAUUAAGUUCCCUAGAAUAUGUUGCUGUGACAGAACAUAUUGGAUUGUUUCAGAGGAAUGAUGAGAUUUUGCAACUGCAUUUGCACCAAGAUUCUAUAAAUUAUAACUCAAGAAUAAAGAUUAGGAAACCAAACACUUUAUUUUUGCAGCGUUCGGCAUUAUAUUUUUGUUCAAAUUCAGAAUCGACAUAUUUUUUUUUGUUGUUACUUAUUUCUUAAUUAGUAUAAAACCCUUAUCACUAAUGAACUGAACAUAAGUUUGUAAAACGGCAGUAUUUAUGGUAACUUUUACUUUGUCUGACAUUGUUAUUUUUAUUUAUGUCCAUCAGUAUCUGCAAUGAAUUCAGAAGACCGAAAAGUAUUUUUGUACAGUAUGAUUGUUACAAUGUAGAUUUAUUGAAAAGUUAGUUUAUUAUUAUUAUUUUUUUUUUUAAGUUUUGUGCCAUAAUCUAUCCUCUCCAUUUAUAAUUUUGCAGGGAAUAUUUAUUUAUAUCUGGAGUCAGUAGUGGUCUUGAUUAUUGUUAUUUGCCAAUUAAACAGAAGUCUUCUCUCAUCUGCUGCAAUUUUCAACUAAAAAUUAUAAAAAAAAAAGAAGAAAAAGAAAAAAAAAAGCACAAACCUGUUUUAUAUUUGUACAUUUACAAAACAAAAAAAUGUAUGUUUCUUUUAAGAAUUUCUAUUAAUUCUGGUUGGUAGUUAUAAAUUGUAAUUUAUUUAUCAUCCAAAUAUUGUUGCGAGUCGGAAGUUUGAUUUUAACUAAAUUUGGAGUAGCGAAACACGUGACUAAAAGAUUUAUUUUUCCUUAUUUUGAAUACAAGUCUACUUCUUGGUUUCCAAAACAUUAAGGAUUAAAAAAAGAAAAAGGAAAAAAGGAAAAAUAUCAAUACCAGAUAACAUAUAAACAUACACUUACGCAUUUUAAAAAUUCUAUAUUAUGGUUGUCAUUUUUUCUCCGAUGUCAAUAACAACUAUAUUUGUGAUUUUGAAUAUAUUAUGUGUGAUUGAGUACAAAUUAUAUUAUAAAAUGUCUUUCUAUUUGAAUCGCAGAAUGUAAAUUCAUUUUAAAAGUGCUCAGAGUUUAUAUAUUUUUCAGAAUAUUCUAAAUUUUGUAAAAGUCGAUUUCACUUUCUUUCACCUGUUAAUGUUUCGGUGUAAUUGUGACUUUAAAAUUGUAAAAGAAAAAAAAUAAUAAUCUAUUAAGAUGGUUAUUUUGGUGAAGUGGAGGUGGAAUAUAUAAGUGUGUAGUCCUGCUAAUCGCACAUCAAUAAUAAUUGUCUGAAAUAUUGUGGAUAGCUUUAGUUUUGUAGUAUCAUUUUUUUUUUCUUUUGUUUUGAUGGUAAGCAUCUGCCCUUAGAUGCAAAGAAAAAAAUUGUUUUUCAAUAAAAAGUGCAUUAAAAUUCUCUUAAAAAAAUGAAUAAAGAAACAGUACUUACUAAGAACAUGCCAUUCUUUGCAAUAAUCAUUUGUUCCAUGAGUAUUUUCCCAAAAUUGCAGAUUAGACUAUCAAAAAUAUAUAUAUAUAUAAUAAAUGAAAAGCAAAAUAUAUAUAAAUAUAUAUAUUUCUGUAUAUGCCAUGAUCUUUAUACGUUGUUCAAAAUUUAUAGAUUAUACUACACUGUUACCAAUUUGUUAAUGGUGCCAUAAUUGGCAUGGAUAACUAAUAGUAAUUGUAUUUUUCUUGGAUGUUGUUAUUUUUAUGAAUGAUUUAUAUUUUGAAGUGAUAGAACAUUGCUUGUCUAAAUCUUUAUGAUCUGAAGAAGUCACUGCCAUUUGUUGUCAGUUAUUAUGGCCUGCGACGUGAACAUUUGCAUCCAAUCGGACUCCAGGAUUGUAUCAGUAUAUUCCAUUAGCACCCGUGUGUUUAUUUUUCAUAUUUUCUUUUUUAAGUGUUCAUCUUAUUACAAUAUUGAUGGUUGUGUAUAUAGUAUCCUUUUGACAUUUUUCCUCUAUGUUUGUCGGCAGAAUAAUGCCACGAAACUUCUCAGUGUCAAGUGUUUUUGAUGUUGUAACAACAGAUAUCAUUAAAAAAAAAGAAAAAAAAAUUCUUCCGGCAAUGGUGCUCUGGCCGUGGAAUACCAUGUUAUCAUCGGAUUUUUUUCUUCGGUGUGUCGAAAUUCUAGCAAAUUGUUGACUUUCCUUUCGGAAAGUAUUGAAAUUCUAACAAGGCGGAGUUAUAUAGUUGAAGAAUUAAAUAUCAUAUUACAUUUUGAAUAUGUGUAAACAGUAUAUUAUAUAUUGUCAUGUUUUUAUUUUCCUCCAGUUCCAUAAAGCACCUCUCUUCUCAUGGUAUAAAUGUGUACUUACUGUAUCUAUUCCAAUGUGUCCUAGACAAUUAGCUGUAGGCAAUCAACCAAGGAGCUCUCCUACAUAUAUUUAUUUUUUAUUUUUAUUUUUUUGUUUGUUUUCCUCCUCCGUGCUCCCACAAAAUCUGUAAUGAGUUUCACAAAGUUGAUUUCGUUCAGCAAUAAAAACCUAAAUCUUGUCAACUGAUGGCUGCGAUUGUACUGUGCAGCAAAAAGAGAUGUAAAGAUUCUUUUAUUUGUUUGAAAGUUGUCAGUGGGAGAUGCAAAAUAAAGAGCCGUUUUUCUCGCAGUAUACAUAA